CAGCAGCGCUGAGUGCAGCCUGCCUUGCCAGGGUCGGACUGAAGCUCAAGAAACGACAAGGAGAAGCGAACAUCUGGCCGCACAUCAUGAAAGGACGUCCGGGCUUCUAGGAAAGAACACGACGAACCGGGCGGAAAUAAAUGUUAUGAAGGAAGAAUGGAGUUCCCAGACCAUAGCCGCCAGUUGCUGCAGUGUCUGAGUCAGCAGCGUCACCAAGGUUUCCUCUGUGACUGCACUGUUCUUGUCGGGGAGGCUCGAUUCAAAGCGCACAGAGCCGUGCUGGCCUCCUGCAGCAUGUACUUCCAUCUCUUCUACAGGGACCAGCUGGACAAAAGGGACGUUGUGCAUCUCAACAGUGACAUUGUGACAGCCCCGGCUUUCAGUCUGCUCCUUGAAUUUAUGUAUGAGGGGAAGUUGGAUUUCAGCUCUCUCCCGGUGGAGGAUGUCCUGGCAGCAGCCAGUUACCUCCACAUGUAUGAUAUAGUGAAAGUGUGUAAAAGCAAGCUUAAAGAUAAGGAACUCUCCUCUCUGGAUGAAAAGAUGACUGAGGGCUUGGGGCUCGGCUGUGUGGACAGAGCAAAAUAUUUGGAAAGCCAGCUGCACAGUAAGCAGCUCAUCCGGCGACAGCCCCAGACACAGUCUCAGGGGCUCCUCAGGGCCCCCCUGAAACAAGAGUUUGACAUGGACAACAGCGAAGUCAGGCUGGCUGUCACAGAUUGUGAUAGGUCUGUGCGGAGCAGGCAGAAGGCGAACGGUCACUCUGGCAGGUCCCCGGACCUUGUAGGUGUCAAUUAUUUGUCAGCAGAGGCCGAGCCCUGCGUCCAAACAGCUGGAAAAACAAAAGCUGAUGUCAGUAGUUCCACCGUAUCGCUGUCCCAGAGGUCCCGGGCUUCAGAUGACAUGGACUGUGCGCUGGAUUUGUCUUUCAAGCCUCUGUCUAGCAGAGAUCCCUUACACCCCUCCUACGUCUCGGGACAGCUGGCCCUCGACAGCCAGCAGCAGGGCACUGAGCCACUUGUUAAAGACGAACACGACUUGCUGUCAGAGCAGGAGGACAGUGAGCCGAUGAGCCCUGAGAGCCAGCGCUUUGGGAAUAGUGCCAGGAGCUCAGUGGUGACAGGGUUCGCUGCCCUCUUCCCAGGCAACAACGGAUCCACAGCCGCCCUGCUCUCCCAGGAGGAGGACCUGAUGGACGAGGAGGGGGAGGCCUGCAGGGGGAGGGAGGGCGCCCCGGGCCGGGAGGUAGAGGAGAGGAGGGGGAGGCUGCUGGGGGACAGCGAGGAGGAGGAGGAGGACGACCUCGCCUCUUCAGACAUCUCCACCUCCAGCGGGGUGCUCCUGCCCCCGGGGCAACAGGUGUGUGUGUGCCCCCUCUGCAGCAAAGUCUUCCCCAGCCCCCAUGUGCUGCAGCUGCACCUCAGCUCGCACUUCCGAGAGAAGGACGUGGCUCGCUCCAAGCUGUCCCCCGAUGGCUCGGUCCCCACCUGCAUGCAGUGCAACAAGACCUUCUCCUGCAUGUACACCCUGAAGCGCCACGAGCGCACACACUCUGGCGAGAAGCCGUACACCUGUGGCCAGUGUGGCAAGAGCUUCCAGUACUCCCAUAACUUGAGUCGGCAUGCUGUGGUUCACACGCGGGAGAAGCCUCACGCCUGUAAGUGGUGCGAGCGGCGCUUCACCCAGUCUGGGGACCUCUACCGCCACAUCAGGAAGUUUCACUGUGGCCUUGUCAAGACUCUCGCCAUUGGAUAAAACCCCUCUCACCAGUGCCAUGACACGAGACAGAAUGUCUUUUCAUACACUGAAUAAUACUACUGAACACUUUCCCCAUUAGUACACACACAUGUUGGCAGUUUAUUUUGGAGACUUCUCUUUUUGGAUUCUACCCCAUUUGGCAUUUCUCAAGUUAAAGAUGUAGCAAAGUGCUUCCUGUGCUGGACUGUGACACAGGCCUUCAUGAGGGUCAGAAGCAGGCUGUUAGGGUACACAUGGGUGCUGUGAAACCCAAGCUGGAUCUGUGUUAAUGAAGGUGAACAAAUGUAGAUGAUGCACUUGUUUGUUUCUGUCUUGUUUGUGUCAAUCUGUUGACUUUAUUUUUGAGGAGUAUAUUUGCUGAGAGAAAAAGCAUCCCAUGUUCGAGCCUAUGGGCAAAUGGGUGAUAGCUAAUGCUAAUAGCUAAUGCUAACAUAUGUUAAUACAAUCGUCAGAGUGAGUGAGACUUUUAUUUGUGCACAUGGGAGAUCAGAACCGUCCGUAAGUAGCAAUAUAUGAUUUUCUUUUAAAACUCCUACAUUAUUAAUAUUAUUAUUAUUAUUAUUAUUAUUAUUAUUAUUUAUUUUAUGGGGAUUUAUUUAGUCCUUAACAAGUAUCAUAAGGCAGCAAAACUAAUGAAGAUUAACUACUGGAAGUAUAACUAUUUUUCAUGAAAGUAGAAUUUUGAUUUGGUUGAAAUGAAGUUGGAGACAGUUUUCUGUUGUUUAUAACAAGAGGCAAGCAGACCAUCAUAUCCCCAUAUUUCUAAUUCUGUCUGCCUUGAGGAGAGACAGCACGUCUUUAGUUGCUAAUGUGAGUGAGCUCAUAUCAAUGGGAUGGCCUUCUAAUUUGCUACUUAAAAAGAAGUUGUAUAAUCAGAGGAAGGACGUUAAAAGCUAAUGCUCGUAACACUGGUGCCUACUGAAAUUCUUAACACUUCACCUGAUGUACUUACUUAAACGAGAAUGAGCUGUAUCACUAUGCCUUCUUGAGUUUUAAGGCCUUUUGAAAUAAUCUGGAUUACACUCCACAUACCAGGUGGUAACAAAGAUUAUUGUCCACUCUGGAAUGCCUUUUUAUCCACGAGCGUCCUUAACUGAAUAAUUAACAGGAAUGUAAUAAAAGAACCUAAAGCAAGCUCAAAUACAUUUAGUAUUGUUUGGGUUAAAGGCUACUAGAUUCCAGUGAAUGACCUUGUUAUUUCCUGGUAUGACAUAAAGGGCAAACCCUCAGCAGGCAGGAAGGGAGACAGGUGGAUAUUCAGCGCUUUGUUGUUCAUCAAAGCUGAGCUCCAGGUGCCAUUCAGCUCAAUCUACUGACUUCUUUCUUUCUUUGAAUUAACCUUUUCACAUUAUCAUAUCUUCUUACUGUAUGUGUGUAUGUGACUACUGAUGAAGCUGGAGCCUUUAGUGAUGCUGUCCUUUAAAAAAAAGAAUCUUUCAAGUCUGUUAACAUAGAUGCUUUCUGGAUUCUUAGGGGGCGUAGCACUAAAAGUUCAUGAUAUAUUGUCUAAUCUGUCCUGAGAAGACUUGAUCAGAAUUUAUUUAUUAGUUUGGUUCAGGGUUUACUGUAGGUGUACUUCUUAUUUUCUAUAAGCUUGAAAAGACGCCGCGUCUUGCCUAGCGAUCUUGGUACUCAUUAACUGGUAUUGGGGCUGUCUGUUCAUUUUUUUUUCUCCGUGCAAAUCGAGUUACUGUAAUUGUAUUUUAAUAUACCGUGUAGAAAGCUUAAGAUUUGUCACAUGGAACAUAGAGAAGCACUUGUUUUAAGCAUGCAUAUAGUUUCAACACUAUUGUCUAGGCUGCUAUUUCUUACUAUAUGUAUAUUUAAUGUAAAUAUAUAUUCUAUUUAUCAAACUGUUUUUGUUUUUUUUCCCGUGUUACAACACAGAGUCAGGUGUCUUAUUAAGACUGCAGUCUCUUAAAGUGUCACGUCUUCCCCAGGGGAGUUUGGUUACUUUUCCAUAUUUCAGAGCAGUUACUGCUCUGACUGCUGUUCUGCCACAGGAAGCAGUUGUUCACAAGCGCGGCCACACCGAUACGGCAUUAGUUACCUAUAGAAACCAGACAAUACAGGCAUUGUCGUCGUCCCCCCCCCCCCCCCCACCACACCACCAAAUCCCAGGUAGUUCUCAAGGGAUCAUUGUGUAUUUCUCCGCUGGCUGUGGGCAGAAAAGGCAAACGCAAGUCUCUCUUUGCACUUUUCCGUAUUGAAUGGAGCCCUUGGAAUGUGAGAAAUGUAUUUAGCAAAGGGAGACCAAGGACACUGUAAACAGGUGUAUUGUUUGGAGGCAUCAAAGAACAGCCCCCCCCCCCCCCUCCCCACCUUAUCCCAGCAUGCAGUAGAUAAAUGCUUCAUUGUUCCCUUACAUUGAGGAGAUACAACGGUGAUUUGAUUGCACAUCCGUCAAGAGAAUAUCAGAAUUAUCAUAGUAUUGUUUUCUAAGUGCUCGAUUUAGAAAAAUUGUAGGGACUGAAAAUAAUGUCUGGCAAUUGUGACGACACAGGUCAAACGUAGGCGCUGACGACCUAUCCAUUUCAGCAUAGCGCACCCUUAAGGUGUCUUUAUGUUUUUAUGUUAAUCACCAAGACUUCUUUCAGGACACAGAAAAUGAAUUCACAUGUGAUUUCUCAGCAUUCGCAAGACAAUGUGUUUCAGAUACAUAGCUGUUGUAGUGUUAAUGUUCAAUCAGAACACAGGACUGUAGUUUUGUCUUUUUCAAGAAACAUUUCUUAUGUGGUGCAAAUUAAAUUGCUUGAUUCUCUGAUGUACGUGUGUACAAAGGUAGAAAAACUAACAAUAUGUGAAGAUUUCUUUUUAUUGUUUGCAGUCUUUAUUUAUACCUCCAGGAUGUUCACCACUUGUGCCUUGUAGACACACGAAUAGGUGUUGCAUCUGGAGAAGCCCUUUUUCUAUAUUGUCCAUCUUUUGCCCUUCACUGCGGCGUUCACUUCACAGCGACAGAAGCCCACUGAUUCACAACUGUUGUUCCUGUCUUUCUAUCAUGUCAAAAAUCAGACAAACUAAAAGAUACAAGUCCAUUUAUUUUUGCUGCUUUUGCGAGAGAUUACAUUUAACCUUUAUUUGACCGUUUUUGUCUAUGUGAAUAAAUCUGUUUUGGACGUGUUAACUGAGGACAAGCAUUUUUUUUUUUUUUGGCUUUUUAGAAGUCAUUACUACUGGGAACUAACAGUCGGGUCCUUUAAUUAUUGUCACUGUUGAAUGUGAAACACUGAGAUUUUGAUUGUUGACUUCUAUGGAAACUUGUUUGAGAGCUAUGUUUGCCUAACUCAUGCUGUAUGAUGUUUUAAGUCUAAAAAAAAUGACUUUACCAAUACUGGAAUUUUGUCCUCAGCAGGUUACAACUGUGAAAUUGUGUAUUAUCAUGAGAAAUAUUUAUUACUGCAUUUGCUUCUUGUUCAACAUUUGACUGUCUCAGUUUUAAUUUGGUUAAAAAAAAAAGCUUCUAAAUAUCGAACGGAAAUCUUUUUAAUAGAAUUUGUAGUAAGUGCCAUUAGAAUUUAAUAUAAUUUUUUAAUAAGAAAGGUAUAUUUUAUAGUAAUCAAUUGCUUCAGUGUUAGUGGUGUAGAGAUUAGAGGACAAUCUUUAUGCAGAGUUGACAUUGCUUAGAUAUUGAGGCAAUUUACUUUUGAUCUGUAACUGUAUGUGCAUUUUCUUUGUUUGCGCUUUUGGAGUGUGCUUGUGUGCGUGUGCUGUGGAAAUGUGACAAUCUUGAUUUUAGGUCUUUCUUAAGAUUAUGCAUAGAAUUAAAUGGAACAACUUUC